GGCAAUGUCAUGCAAGCAAAACGUAAACAAAAUCAGCUGUUAAUUAAAAAGUUAUGAUGGAAAGCCCACUGCUAAAAAGAAAAAGAGGAAAGAACUUCACUCCCCAAGAAGAGGAUGCAUUAGUGGAGUUGGUGGAUGAACAACGACAUAUUCUGGAGAAUAAAAGAUACGAUGCUGUCACAUGGAACCAGAAGGAGGAGGCCUGGAAAAAGUUGGCGGAGUGUUUCACAGCUAGGAUUGGGACUAAUCGAGAGUGGAGGACUCUAUGGGAUAAGUUCGAAAGCCUGAAACGAAAGUCCAAGGCAGAGAUGGCAACCGAGAAAUCAGAGCGUUAUCGGACAGGUGGCGGUUCGGCUGCGGUAGAAAGUAGCAGCAUGGUAACGCAAAAAGUUGCUGCUAUUUCGGGGGAGUCGGCCACUGGAUUGGAAAAUACCUCUGAUGGUGAUGCAAUUGAUACUAGUACUCCGGAAAGGGAAAAAUUCAUUGUCCACACUGAGGAUAUAACUGAUGCCGACGAGCUCAACCAGGAAAAUGUGAAGAACGUUGAUCACGAAGAAGAACAGUGGUCUUCUUGGACACCUAACGCACGGAGAAGUAAAAAAUCGUCCAAACUUUUGAUUGACCGUCCUGGCACCCGCAAGAGAAAUUUGGAGGAAGAAAAAAUUAAGUUGACAGUUUACAACAACAAUUUUAUGCAGAUGAAAAUACCCGGGCUCAGGAAAAACAUGAGCAAGAAUUAAUUGCGCUUAAAUUGAAAAAUGAGCUAAUGCAAUUAGAAAUCUUAAAAAAAAACCAAAUUAGAUUCAAAUAAGAAUGCACCUUAAGCAGUUGCAGUACUCUUGUUUAUUUUUAAUAAUUUUUCCUGUUAAAAGUGUUGCACUUUUUUCCAUAUAACGUGUAAGCAAAAUUAGUUUCGUCAUUGUUUGAGAAGUGGAAUUUUUGUGUUGAAGCUUUGGCUUCACUUUAUUUUUAAGUUUGCAAUGAAUUUUUUUUUGGUUUUUAAUAAAUACGUGCAUUUAAUUAAACUUUAAA